AUGGGCAACGUGAAAGUUCUCUCGCAAGCACUCUUCUCAGAGAGCCCCUUGUCCGUCGGCGAUACCAUCAUCGCAGUCAACGACAUCCCCGUUGAGGCGCUUGCUGUCGAGGUUCAGCUCACAGUGCAGUCGACGAGGUGGUGGGACGCGUCAAACAACAAGGUGAUUGUGGAGAGGAGGACGCAGCAGCAGCAGCAGUAG